GGAGAUUAUCUUAAGUAAGUUUAGCCUUAACUAAGUAUAUACUUAGUUUUGUUGGCAGUUAGUGCUUACAUGUUAUUUUAAUACUAGCUUAUUUUAGCAAUGCUUUAUGUCUCGCGAAAAUAAGGAAAAUCAUUAAAACCAACCUUAUGCACUUUCUGUAUCUCGGAAACUAAAAAUGAAAGGAAUACCACAGAGAAGAUAUUUAUAACACAUUAUAAUCACCACAAAUAUAGCAUAAUACGCAAAUACAUACAUGAUUAUAUGAGGCUUCUUCUUCUUCUUCCUCGCGUUGUCCCCGCAUUUUGCCACGGCUCAUGGGAGCCUGGGGUCCGCUUGACAACUAAUCCCAAGAUGUGGCGUAGGCACUAGUUUUUACGAAAGCGACUGCCAUCUGACCUUCCAACCCAGAGGAUAAACUAGGCCUUGUUGGGAUUAGUCCGGUUUCCUCACGAUGUUUUCCUUCACCGAAAAGCGACUGGUAAUUAUCAAAUGAUAUUUCGUACAUAAAUUCCGAAAACCUCAUUGGUACGAGCCGGGGUUUGAACCCGCGACCUCCGGAUUGCAAGUCGCACGCUCUUACCGCUAGGCCACCAGCGCUUCACAUGAUUAUAUGAGGCAAAUAGAUAUAAAUCUGUAAUCGCGAAUAUAAUCGCAGAUAAGAUUAUUAUGCAGGGGUCUGUCCUCGGGCCUCAGUUGUUAAUCAACAUGGGGACAGUGCUGAAGGUUUUGGUGAUCACUGUUGGGGUUAUAGCGGUGUUGGGGUGGAUUGCAGUUGGCAUCACCUGGGGCGUCCUGUCUUCCCAAGGCCCUGAGCCCCCAGAGCUGAAGCCCUUGGACUGGUGGGAGCACUGCGUGCUAUACCAGAUUUACCCGAGGUCCUUUAAAGACAGCGAUGGAGACGGCAUCGGUGAUUUACAGGGUAUCAUCAGUGAACUAGAACAUUUCCCCGAUGCCGGUAUCGACGCAAUCUGGAUGUCGCCAAUCUUCGAAUCACCGAUGAUCGACUUCGGGUACGACAUCAGCAACUUCUACAAUAUCCAUCAUGAGUACGGGACCAUGGAGGACUUUAGAGAGCUUUUGCAGAAGGCACAUAGUUUGGGCAUUAAAGUUCUGCUAGACUUCGUGCCAAACCACGCCAGCACCUACUCGGAUUACUUCAUAGAGUCCGAAGGUGGUAACCCUGAGUUCGCAGACUACUUUGUCUGGGCUGACGGGUAUCCUGAUCCUGAGAAUGAGAGCAAUAUCCUGCCACCUUCCAACUGGAUUAGUCACUUUGGUGGCUCUGCCUGGGAGUGGAGCAGCACCCGCCAGCAGUUCUACCUCCACCAGUUCGCGGUGGAGCAGGCAGACUUUAACUUCCGACACCAGCCCGUGAAAGACGAGAUGAUCAACAUCAUGCGGUUCUGGCUUGAUGAGGGUGCUGAUGGCUUCAGAGUGGAUGCCCUUCCCUACAUGAUCGAGGCAGAUCCAGCAGACCACGAUGGCAGAUACCCCGAUAAUCCCCUCAGCGGGCUAAUCCAGUUUGAGCCCCACCAGCUCGAGUACACCAUCCCUCUCUACACUAAGGAUCUGAUAGAGCUGUACGAUGUCGUGUACGAGUGGAGAGAGUUUACUGAUCAGUAUCAGGCUGAGCAUGGUGGUGAUACUCGCGUCCUCUUCGCCGAAGGCUACGCCAACAUCAGCAUGACGAUGCUAUACUACGGCAACGAGGACGGCAAGGCCGGAACGCACUUCCCCUUCAACUUUGACUUCAUCACGGAUUUGUCGUCCGAGUCCAGGGCGCGGGACUUCGUGUACGUCAUCUUGAAGUGGCUUUCGUAUAUGCCGUUUGGAGCGGUGCCGAAUUGGGUGUUAGGCAACCACGACAACAACCGCAUGCCGACUCGCUUCAACGAGUCCAUGGUCGACGGUCUGAAUGCUCUGAACAUGCUGCUGCCUGGUGUAGCAGUCACGUAUCAGGGGGAGGAGAUAGGCAUGAGGGACGGAUACGUGUCCUGGGAGGAUACUGUGGAUGUAGAAGCGUGUAAUAGGGGCGAUGAAGACACUUAUCAUCUAUAUAAUAGAGACCCAGCAAGAACGCCAUUCCAUUGGGACAACACCACCAGCGCUGGGUUCUCCAUCAGCGACGACACCUGGCUUCCAAUAGCUGAUGACUACAUGGAGAUUAACUUGGCCAAGCAGAAGGAGGAUGCUAGAAGCCACUAUAAGGUGUACCAAAAGCUGACAGCCCUUCGCAAGCACACAACACUCUCCCACGGAGAAUACGAUAUCAGGGCGUUCUCCGACAGUUCCUUCUAUCUAGUCAGAAGCCUACGUACUUAUGAUACCCUGGUUCUUCUCUUCAAUGUGGCACAAACGGCUGAUACAGUGGACCUGUCCAGGGUACCGCAUCUGACGCUGCCAGCGACCGUGUAUGUGGCAAGCAUACAUUCUAGCCGAGAUGCUGGAGACAUAAUAGACAGAGAAGAACUAACUCUUCAACGAGGAGAAGCAUUGGUUUUACAAGCAGCUCCGAUAUAAUUUAGCAAAUCUUUCUCAUUUGUUUUAAUUGAUUUGUAUUUAUUGAUAAGUAAUCCUUAAUUAUUGAGAUUUUAUUGUUAUGUAAGUAUAAUAAAUAAUAAAUCAUUA